ACCUAAUGUUACACAAGAAGAAGACACGCGAUCCUGACAACGUAGCAAUGUUUCUUUGCUCAACGCCUUCCUGGUGUUAGUCCUCGUGAACUCUUGCGGUCAUCGGUCUGUCCUGUAUGUGUUUGUGUGUUAUCUGAGUCCAGAGAGGGAGGACGUCGCGUUCAGGGCCAUAAACCGCUCCAGCCAGCAGCGUUUGGUCUCGAGUGGCGACGUGUACAGGAACUGCGCGAUGAGCUGCACAUAAACAGUCCGCUCAAGCUGCUUUAAAUACAGCAGGCCACUGGCUUCUGUUCAUUCAUCUGAUACUUACUUUUUGGAAAGGACCGUUCAAACGUACAGUAAAACCAUGUCUAACCGGAGAAGAUCUCAGCCUCAACUUUUGUGCGCCUCAACUUUGGCAGUAUUUGCAAUGCUGGCUUUGAAUGUUCAGGCCAGGCCAGCAAAUAUGUCAGCGUUAAAAGACAAACACCCCAACAGCAAAGAGGACAAUGAGAUCCUUCCACCUGACCAUCUGAACGGUGUGAAGAUGGAAAUGGACGGUCACCUCAAUAAAGACUUUCAUCAGGAGGUGUUUCUCGGGAAGGAGAUGGAGGAGUUUGAGGAGGACUCUGAGCCCAGACGGAACAGGAAGAAACUUAUUGAAAUCUUUACCAAGGUGGAUAUUAAUAAAGACAGGAGUGUCAGUGCUAAAGAAAUGCAGCGCUGGAUCAUGGAGAAGACGGAAGAACAUUUUCAAGAGGCCGUUAAAGAAAACAAGCUCAGUUUUCGUGCCGUGGACCCUGAUGGGGAUGAACAUGUAACUUGGGAUGAAUACCGUGUGAAGUUUUUGGCCAGCAAAGGUUUUAAUGAAAAAGAAGUAGCUGAGAAGAUAAAAAACAAUGAAGAAUUGAAAGUGGAUGAAGAAACUCAGGAGGUUCUGGAGAGCUUGAAGGAUCGCUGGUUCCAGGCAGAUAACCCUCCAGCUGACCAGCUGCUGAAUGAAGAGGAGUUCCUCUCGUUCCUGCAUCCAGAGCACAGCAGAGGCAUGCUGAGAUACAUGGUCAAGGAGAUCGUCCGAGAUCUUGAUCAAGAUGGAGAUGGAAAGUUGACUCUUGCUGAAUUUAUCUCCCUCCCCAUGGGAACUGUGGAGAAUCAGCAGGCCCAAGACAUCGAUGACGACUGGGUUCGUGAAAGGAAGAAGGAGUUUGAAGAAGUCAUUGACGCUAACCAUGAUAUGAUUGUAACCAUGGAAGAGCUGGAGGAAUACAUGGACCCUAUGAAUGAGUACAACGCCCUGAAUGAAGCCAAGCAGAUGAUUGCUGUGGCGGAUGAGAACCAAAACCACAACCUGGAACUAGAGGAGAUCCUUAAAUACAGCGAGUACUUCACUGGCAGCAAACUCAUGGACUAUGCCCGUAACGUACAUGAGGAGUUCUAAGACGGUCUCCUCAAGUCUUUAUGAAUAAGAACAGCAUGUAUAUAUCCCUAAAGUGUCACAAGGAUGAUCUUUGCUUGCUUCCCAGACUGGGAUCAACAAAUGCAUUCGGACAUGUUUGUAAAUGUACAAAACUUCAAGCCACAAAACCUUCUCUAAUGUUGCAAUGCGCAGAUAUGACACAUUAUUAGGACUUUGCCUUCAUAAUGUCAUAGACAUGAUUUCCAUUUGAGCACCAUAAAGUUCCAUAUAAAUCAUUUUAGACACUGUCACUUUCGUCACGUUUUUGAGUGUUGAUAAUUAAAAGAAAUGUCUGUAAAUGAGGGAUUGGUGAGGGGAAAGACUUUUCCACAUGAAGGUGGAAUUUUUAAAAAAAAAUUUAUUAUAAUAAAAAAAAUAGAGUAAUGUAAAUAAUGCUGCUGUUUGGAGUGCCAUAAUAUAUAAAGGCAUUCACAUUUUGGGUGGGUUGCUUUUGACAGGGUUUGAGCUUCCUGAGAUGUGUUAUUUCCAAAGAUAACAAGCCAGCAAAAGGAUUUAGGGUGGUAGUUUUGUGAAAACUAACAUACAGGCCUAUAUAUAGCACUUCUAUUUAAGAUCUCAUCAUUAAAUGCAAAAAUGCAGUGAAAAAGUCUAGUUUAGAUAACAUUUUAUUUGAGAGUUCAUAGGAUAAUUAAUCCAUCCAGAUGUGACCUAUUUGCACAUUGAAGCAUUUUUAUGAACCCUGUUAAGUCAUAAUUGUGUAUAGCCUACAUAUUCUUAUUUUAUUACUUUUAAGAAUUCAGUUCACCCUGUUACCUCAGCAGUCUCCUUCAGUCAAAUGUUAGUUAAUAUAAUAGAGCAUAUUAUUCCUGACAUUGAUGUGUCUCCAUUGACGUCUGUAUUGUAAAAAGUCAUUCAAAAUGAUUUAAUUUAAACAUAAGAGAAAUGCUUUGAGAGGAAUUAUAUUAUUAGGAACUAUAAUUUACCCUUUUUAAAUCGCUAUGAAAAAUGGAAGGAACGAUGUGUAUUUUCUGGAUUUAAGAAUAAAGUUUUAUUAAAAUACUCAUUUGCCUAAAGAAAAUUAGGCUAAUGUUUCCUAUUGACACUGUGUGUAUAUAAUUGAGCUCUAGUUUUGGUGGUAAUCAUUUUUGAGCAUGCACUGGUAAUAGUUUAAGCUAUACAAUUUAUGCUUUGCUGUACGAAUUAUUCAUAACUCUGGCCUUUUGGAUUCAUUUGUUUUGUUAUUCCAUUGUGUGUUUACUAUGAGCUGCUAAUGUGUUCACAAUUAUCUUUGUUCAUUGACUGAUUAUAUAUUACAUUCAUCCGGUGGAAAUUAAAGUAAUUGCUUAAAGUAAAA